GAUGUAGGAGAAGAACAGAUGAAGGUGUUCCACCGAGAUGUCUCUCUGGUCGCGUGCUUGGCCGAGUUUGUCGGCAUGACUCUGUUCGUGAUCAUCGGCUGCGGCAGCGCCAUGGGCAUCCAGGGCUCGGGCAGCUCGGGUGGCAGCGGUAGCGACGGAGACAGCACCAGCGGCGAGACGACCUCCAUGAUUCCUGGCUGGGUUCUCAUGGUGGCUUUGGUGUUUGGCCUGUCCAUCACCACCUUGGCCUACUCCAUCGGACACUACAGCGGGGGCCACCUCAACUGCGCCGUCACCCUUGGCCUGGUCCUUACUGGCAACUGCCACGCGCUUCAAGGGCUUUUCAACUUCGGCUCCCAGAUGAUGGGCUCCAUCCUUGGCGCGGCCAUCCUCUGCGCCAUCUUCCCCCCGGAGCUGGAUAUGACGAAGACCUUGGGAGCCAACAGUGUGGGUCUGAAGUGGAACUGGUGGAACGCACUGAUCGGCGAGCUCGCCGCAGAGGAUGUGGACGCGUCGGCCGGGCCCGGCUACUGGCGCAGCAUGUGGAUCUUCUGGGUCGGCCCGCUCCUGGGAGCGUGCCUGGCCGCAGCCGUCUACAAGGCCAUGCUCAUGCUGGAUGCGGUCCACGAGGAGCACACCCUGAAGCAUCACCCAGGCUACAAGCGCCGGCAGACCCUGAUCCAGCACGCGACCGAAUCGACUUCCGCCCCAGCAGCUCGAGAGGCCGCAGUUGGGGGCCCGGUGCUCUUGGGCAGCAAGCACGGCCAGAAGGAGGGCAAGGACACGGCCAGGGCGUCCGAGGUCCUCCAGGAGAGCAGCGUCUAG